UUCAGUUCGUGUGGUGGCUUUGCGAGCGGUUACAACUCUACAUUUCAAAAUGCGGAGAAGAACCGAAGCUCCAGCGUCCAACAACGAAGCCGCCAAUGUCGAUAGAAAGGAUCCCGAUAAGAGACGUUCCAGGCCGGCUGAAGGCAGCAGAGUGUCUUGUGCCUCCGUGCUCAUGACCAUUGGAAAGUGUUUCCUCUUGAUCAUCUUCAUCCCCCCGUUCCUCAACUAUGCAUCGCUGCAGAGGGAAGGACAGAUGCUCUUGCCUAAAGAUGGCCAGAUUGUUGAUGUCGGAUUGGGUCAAAAGAUGCAUCUUUUGUGUAAAGGACAAGGACAACCAGUAGUCAUACUCGACGCACCGACUGGAAUGUCCUCAGACGUUUGGUUGCAUGUCCAGGAAAGUGUGGCCACACUAACAAAGGUCUGCACCUUUGACAGGAUGGGACUGGGCUUCAGCAAGCGGCUGCUGCCCAAUGAAACCACGGGAACUGAGAAGGUUUGGGGGAUGUCGACGACUGGCCGGAUGGUGGAUGAUCUGCACCGACUCCUGCAGGCCGCUGCCAUAGCCACGCCCUUCAUCCUGGUGGGCUCGGAGCUCGGCACGCUCAACGGCAGGUUCUACAGCCACAUCCAUGACGUGCAAGUGUCGGACCUAGUGCUCAUCGAUCCCAUCCCAGAGGACAUUUUCGCGGACGCCCAAUGGACGGAGUACUGGUAUGGUAAGCUUUUGCCUUCGCUCCAGGCCAGGCAGUUCUCAGCAGCUUCGGGUCUGAGCCGCAUGCUGAUCAUCCUCGGGGUGAUGGAACCGUCUGUGAGAGGGGAAAACGUUUCAGAGGAGGUCAUCCAGCGUCAGAAAUACCUCCUGAGUAACCCGGCCCACCAGAGCGCUGCUGUGGACGAGCAUUACUUCCUGAAUGAAAGUGCAUCUCAAGUGAGGGAUAUCACAAAGUUUAAGCCCCUCUCCAGCAGGACAUCAGUGAGCGUGAUCACCGGCGACUCCUUUGACCAACAAAUACCAGAACACCUGAACCAGAUGGUCGCAGAGCUUCAAAGGAAGUUUCUGAAGGAGUCCUACCCAUCAGCCAAUCACAUUCAAAUAAAAGGAGCAGACCGGCGAAUGAUCUAUGAGAAGCCAUCUGCCAUCAGCCAGCACCUGAGGAGGCUGGUCACCCGACGACAAGCCAAGCAGCAGAGCCAGUGACCCACGGCCAACAUGGACAGGCUAAUCAUUGGAUAUGUUUUAAAUAUUCAAUAAAGUAUUCAAGUUAUCUUUUUUAUUAUUUUGUAAUUUAUUUUGCAAUUUUCUUCCCUGCACCAAUCUGUAGAUAUUGUGUUCAUGUCUGGUAAGGUCCAUCAAAAAGUCAAUUUUUGAACACACUUUUUAUAACUGGAGGGUUAUUCAGUGCGAUGAAGUCAGGAAAUCUUAUCUUUCAAGUUGUUAUUUCAGAGACCAAAAUUAAUACAUUACUCCUUAUCAAUGUAAAGGCCACACACGCCACUGCUCAUUUUAUCUCAUUCGGUUAAGUCUUAAUAUCCUGCCUUGUUAUAGCCACAGGGAAAGGCACAUUGAGUUCCUCGCUCUCUCUGGCGUCCGGCUUCACUCAUUUGUUACUUGCAUAUAAUUGAGUUGUAUCACAGCUUUAGACAUCCAUCUUUGGACUUUUAAUCAGCCAACAGAUGAGUCUGGCCUGCACAGCUGUGUUUCUGUGAAUCUGUCUUCAUGUACGUCUGUCGGUUUUGAACUGUACUCACUUGUGUGGAUGAAAGAAAGAGCAGAUAGCAUUGGUUUAUCCUGAGGAUUUAAGUUUAAUUAUGACACCACAUCAAAAUAAAAAUUUCCAACAGAUCUGGAAUUUAAUUCCAUCCAUAUACAUGCAUAGCAACAACAUUUUAAGAAACAUUUUCUCCCAUAAUCAGGACAUUGGAAUGAUCAUUUUACAUCAGUAUCCCCACUGACCUCCCACCCAUCUUGUUCACCAGCAAUAAACGUAAUUCUUGUACAACGUC